UUUUGUAUCUAGUCCGGUCAGACGAAGUAGGUCGUCGGCGAAGAAAGAACAAAUACAUUAUUAGUCACCUCGUUUUAAAACUUACCACUUACAUCAGGGUGUUUUGAACUACAUAAAUAUAUAUCUUUGAUUACGUGAUUGGUAUUCGCGGUCGAUCGACUGUUACUUUGACUAAAUCCAGUUUGAAAUCGUUGGGACUUUGUGUUUACCUUCCCAGGCAGAGGGCUGACGCUAGCGGCGUCGGCCCUGGUGUAGCUCCAGUAACUAGGACUCUCCUGCAGUGAAAUGGCGGCCAACACGGCCUCGGCAGCCGCUACCCCCACCUGGCACUAUGGUUCUUCUGGAGAUGGUCAGGUCCAUGAGAAUCCAGAAUGGGAAAAGGCAAGGCAAGCACUUGCAUCCAUCAACAAGAGUCAGGCCCCUGCUAAGCCUACACAGGAUAAUCGAGCUACAGCAGAGGCGAGCCAGUUUCAGCCACCAGUGACUGACUCUGCUGCCAUUCAGCAGCAGCAGCAGUAUUAUCCAUGGUACCAGCAAACUCAGCCGCAUUAUCCUGGAUACACGUAUCCAUAUAAUUACUACUACCCCAUGGGACCAUAUGGAGCUUCAUAUCCAUCAAAUCAGUAUGGUGUACCUUCUGGACCAUACUCAGGAAAUCCAACCUCUAAUGGACAGCCUCCCCCAGUGCCUGGCAUGGAAGACCAGUCUCCUAGCUACUCUACACCACAGCCUCCUCCUCCUACUACUCCCCAGCCGCCCCAGAGCCCAACCGCCUCCGAGCAACCUCCUCCGCCACCGCCAUCUAUUCCUCCACCACCCAAUUCCCAGUACCCACCUCCUCCUUCACAAAAUGCUUACAAUACCAACAACACCAUGUCGUACAGCCGCAACGACCCCAACCAAAUGCAAGCCUACAAUCAUUCCCAGGGGAGGCCAAACUACGGCCAAAAUUUCCAGGCUCAAAAUGCCUAUCAGACCUCUCAGAAUAACUCUCAGCAACAACAGCUACAGAAUCAGUAUGGACGGGGAGAGGCCAACAAAAAACAGGGACAACAACUCUGGAAUCGAAUGAAACAGGCACCAGGGACAGCUUCUGUGAAAUUCAAUAUUCCUAAGAGGCAAUAUCCAGGUCAUGGUUCCCCAGUUUCAAAUCAGGCUUUUCAACCAGGUGAGCAGCCCUCAGGGUUGAAUCCAACGCCUUCCUCUCCAGCUACUGCCAGUGCUGCACCGGGAGGUGCUCAAACACGACCCCAAGACUGGCCUCAAGCCAUGAAAGAAUAUGUGCAGCGCUGUUUUACAGCAUGUGAGACAGAGGAAGACAAGGAUCGAACAGAGAAGGUGCUGAAAGAAGUCCUACAGGAGCGGUUAAAGGACGGUUCUGCCUACACCAUCGAUUGGACUCAUGAGCCAUUACCAGAAUUAAAGGCCAAGCCAUCUCGUUGGGAAGCCGUUUCACAGAGAACAUCCGACAGUGUCCUUAAUCGGGCUGGAAGUACAGUGGGUGGUGCGUCAAGAGGCAGGGGAGUCGGCCACAGACUGGGCCACUAUAGAAAUAUCUUUUCUCAAAGGAGUCCAUCCUCUAGUUCAUCCCGGUCUUCCUCCCGUUCACCGUCACCCUCACACAGCCGCCACAGAGACCGCAGUAACCAAAGACACCGGCGCAGUGAUUCUGGUUCACAGUCAGACAGCAGCAUCUCCAGUGACCUACGGCCUCAGUUGUCAAGACGACAAAAAGGAGCACGUGGUCGUGGCAAUGAUAGGGACAGAGGACGUGGAGGUGGAGAGAGGGGGCGAGGAAGAGGAAAAGCCAAUAGAGGAAGACGAAAUACGGAUGAUUCAAAUUCGGGUCCUGGAAAGAAGAGGAAAGGUGGGAAUGCUGGUUUGGAUUUCCAUGACCCCGACAGAGAAGCUAAGAAGCAAAGCAGAGCAGCUCGUUUCCACAAGCAGCUGCGAUCGGAGCCUCUGAUUCUCUCCAUCAAUACCGUGGACCUGCCUGAUGGAACACAGGAGGGCCUCAGCUGGGAGGAUUGCCCCAUCGUGGGGUCAUGUCAGGAUAUCACUAAGCAUUACCUGAGACUCACCUGCGCUCCUGACCCUUCCACUGUCCGCCCUGUGCAGGUGCUUAGAAAGUCUCUGCUGGCUGUGAAAGCCCACUGGAAAACCCACCAGGACUACACUUACGCCUGUGAGCAGAUGAAAUCCAUACGACAGGACCUCACGGUUCAAGGAGUUCGUACUGACUUCACAGUGGAAGUGUACGAGUGUCAUGCACGCAUUGCUCUAGAAAAGGGAGACCACGAGGAAUUUAACCAGUGCCAGACCCAACUAAAGGCCCUGUACAAGGACAAUCCCUCAGAGAACAUCGGAGAGUUUACAGCUUAUAGAUUGAUGUAUUACAUUUUCACAAAAAACUUUGGAGAUCUCACCACUGAGCUUGUAUACUUGACCCCGGCACUGCGGGCAGAUGUGUGUGUGGUUCAUGCUCUUGCCCUCCGUGCUGCUUGGGCGUUGGGGAACUACCGUCGUUUCUUUAAGCUUUAUCUGGCAGCUCCUCGCAUGGCUUCAUAUCUCAUUGACAAGUUUGUAGAUAGAGAAAGAAAAAUCGCACUUCGGGCCAUGGUCAAAACAUUCAGACCUGACCUGCCAGUAGAGUAUGUGCAGAAUAAUCUGGGGUUCCAGUGCUUAGACUCUUGUUUAGCAUUUUUAACUGGUUUAGGUGUUACCUUCGCCCCAUACGAUCCCCAAAAGAUAGACUGCAAAACCAGCACAGCUUCAUUAGCUGCUUCCUGAGAGGGGGGGAUAGCUCAGGGAAGGGGGAUGUCGAAAGGGACUGUCAUUCAAUCUGUUGCUCUUCAGACUGCCGGCCAGCUAGAUAUAGAACAACGAGGGGACUCCAGUUAGACCCAUGUAGACGAUACCGUUUAUUCUGUCAGACCUCAAAUGCCAAUGUAGUUUUCUGUCGAAGAUAAUAGUUUAAGAUGAAAGCAAAUAUGUCUGCAUUCAGUCAGUCAGAUAUUGUAAGUUGGCCCAAAGUAAUCUUAUCUUAUCACCCUUACAAUGCUAGAAAAGAGAAGGACAUGUUUAGAUUUGGGACCAUGUAAUCUCAGCACUUUGGAGACCAACAAGUUCUAGAAGUAGAUCAGGGAGGUGCCUCACCCUCGUGGUUCCUUUUCCUUACCCCAAUCAGAUUUCAGCGCUAACAGUAUUCUUUUUUUUCCUUCCUCAAGUCAGCAGCUCAGAUAUCUGAAGAUUCACCUGAAGGGCUUGUCAGUCAAAAGUGAUACACAAACCACACUUUAUCAAGUCAUUCCUCCAACUCUGCUGUGUGGAGUCAAGCCUACGGAAUCAAGAUAACUCAGCAUUUCCUCUUAUGAACUGUGAGAAGAUCCCAGUAGUUUACUGGAAAGAAGAAGAAGAAGUGGUUUGUAUGUCCUGCCCUGCAUCCUGUUUUCCUCAUCAUAUUCACAGCUGGCUCUUCAUCCUGUCCCUUAUCCCCAUAGAAGAAAUGGACUGUGGCCCAAAGUCUCGUUCCUGAUGACGCAGUAUUAAUCUACAGUUGUGAAGUGGGUUUCUAACCCCGCAGAAAAGUCUGAUGGGCAUUGACUUUAUUUUAAGGAAUAAGUGCCCUUUUUCAAGAGUAGAUUCACAUCACUUCACACCCCACAAAGUGGAGCUUCAUCUCUAAAGUCGCAGGAAUUGCAGCCUCGGGGAGAAACGCCUGCCAGCACCUGAAAUUCAACACGAUCCUAUUCAGCAGCGAUGAUACCCGUCUUUCAUCCAGCUUUAACCUCACCAGCUGUUAUUCAAAAGAAACUGGCUGCAAACUCCGGUUUGGAAUUUGAUGUGGCAGAGCAUCAGAGGAAACCGUAACAGCUUCAUCAAAGAGGAAUAACGAGUGGUUUGUAUGCUACAGCUGCAUCUGACGUCUGCAAGGCUGGUAAGACAGAGGGACUUCUGGAAGGAGGUGGAUGAUGGUGCAGCAGACAUCACCUCACGUUUUCUUCUGCGUUAAAUGUUUUCUGUUUUGUGUGUGAAUUUUUAUUUUUUUUUUAAUUUUAUUUUUUGACAGUAUUUGCUUUCCUCUUGACAAAUAGAUAAAGGAUCAGUCUAAUGUUGUGAUAUUUAAAAUGACAGAAGUGUAGAUCCCUGAAUUUUCACUCCAUAGAUGCACAAUUCUAGUAUACGUUUUAAAUCAAAAGGUGAAUUGAACACUGAUUCAUCAUUUUAUGUAAAUGUACCUACAAGUUAUGCAAUUAUUAAAAGCUGUUGCAACCAGAUUAUCAGAGAAAAGAAACUAGGUACUUUAAAUGGAAUAAUCCAUAUUUUCCAAUUGGCUAUUGAGCCUGUCUGGAUUGAUUUCUCUCUGCUGUGACUGGUCCAUUGAGGAUUGAUUGGUUGAUAUUAACAUAUUAAAAUAGUAGCGAUUUAAACAACUAAAAAGUUUGAAGACAUUUUCCCCAUACCAUCACAAUCUUGCUUUAGGUUCUGUGUAGCCUCUCGCCAUCGUAAUGUUCAAAUUGAAUGUUUGUGCAUUAUAUUGUUCCUCAUUAUCAGAGGAGUUUUUUAAAACAUAUUAAAUGGUAUUGAUUACAACUACAGAGACAUGGAGCCUAAUGUAUUAAGGUAUUUCAUUGGAGCAGGUCUGGAUGCAGAUUUGAUGUACAUUUUACAUAUUUACUUAUCAGCAGAGUAUAUUGUAAAUGUAUCAUAUUGAUGACUACUGUUUAAUUAUGACAUAGUAUAGUUUUUUUUUUUUUUUUUUUUUUAUUUAUUUUUAUUUUUUUUCAAACUAAUGGUAAGUGUGAGGUUUUUUCCCCCCCGGGAUCCUAAAAUUCAGAUUAUGUACACAGGUCUGGAUUGGAUGUUGUUUGCCAUAUCUGUAAGACAAAUUUCAAUAGAGCCAGAAAACAUAAACGUGCCUGUCAAAUUGUAAAAUAUCAAGCCCAACUAAACCAUGUGGAGAUAAAUAAUUAUUGAAAGUGUCCCUGAAUGGCCGUUAGUCAUAACUGUGUGACUCGGGCCGCCACUGCAAAUUGUUUUCAUGGUUGACACUUUCCACAAUGAAUUGAAAGCAGGUCCACAGAUCGUUCUUGUAGUUUCAGAUCAGUAUUUUGGCAGAUUGUUGACCGUAAUUUCAGCGGAUAUUUUGCAUUGACAAUGAUCUCAACAUGUCUUUUCUUUUCCCCCUUCAUUUACCCUGUCCUUUGUCGUCUGCCGCUACCUUCCCUCACUCCCCAAACUUCCUCCCAUGCCACCAUGCCUCUCAUUCUUCAGCUCGUAGCACUGCUGCAUUGCAGGAGCACACGAAGGGAAAAGUGGGCGAACCUCCUCCAGACGCCUGCCGGAGAGAGAAUUGUGAGCAAGUCUUUGCUUGACCCACUCACGUUGAAGCCAUUCAGCUGGUUAAAAACAUGGGAGCCUCACAUGAAAUUUACAAAAAUGUUGAUUUGCUGCUAACUCAAAUAUUUAAGACAUUUAUUUGUGUAACAAGAUAGCUAAUUUGUUUUAAAAACGAUACCUAAUAGAUCCUGUGAUUUUGGUUUCUGUUUGUCCAGGUGCAUUUGCAGUGUUUGAGUAGUGCGCCUACUUGGCUCACAAUUGAUCUUGUUUUGGUUCCUUUUUGUUUUGUUUUGUUUUUUUGUUUUGUUUUAUUUUUAGUAGUCAUCUGUUUUCUGCCUGUUGGAUUAACAGACUUCUGCAGGUGAAGUGUUGAGUUAGAGCUUCAUUUAAAGAGAUUUACCCCUCAACAUGGAAUAAAAUGUGUCUGGACAUGCAGAACAUGUUUUUCCAAGUCAUCUACAUUUGAUAUCUUUAAAGUUACAGUUCUAAGGUUUGUCUUUAGGCAUGCUAAGAACAUUUGUCAUUUGUAAGAUUUUGACACAGUGUUAAAUUGUGUAGAUCUUAUGCCUCAGCAUUGAUAUGCCCCAGGGAUGUUUGAUGUAUUUUUAUUUUUUUGCUCAUACAAAAAUCACCCCCUAGAUGACUAACAGAACACAUUUUCAUUUAGUUACCCUCUCCCUCUGGUACCAGUCAUAUUUUCCUGUAUUCUUUUGUUUUUAAUUUGCUCCCAUGUUACUGUUUACCUUCAUUAGUCUUUGUAACUCCUGACUUGAUACUUGACACUGGAAGAACUCUCAUCUCCCUCCUCCCUUCACUUGUUCAUUUUCUGCCAUAUCCGUUUAACUCGUUCUAAUUUGGAUUUAUCUUUUCUCACUUUCUCUCAUCUCCUCUCCUGCACGGUGCUCUCCUCUCCACAAACCUCUAGUCAAUAUUUCUCUUCUCAGUCUUUCUUUUCUCUUUGUCAAAUACGUUUGUGACAGUUUGCUGUGUGCAACUAGUCGCUCUCUCUAGUAAGUAUUGUAUUACAUCUGCAGUGCUUUAAUAGUUGGUUUCAUUUCACUAACAACCCAAGCUGAAGUUUGAUCUGCAACACCCUUUCCCUUCCCCUCCCUUCCUGCUUCUGAACAGAUCUGAAAUGGAAAACUGCCAUUUUGUAAAUAUUUUGUAAAUAUUUUUUUGAAUUAAUAAAAUUGAAGAACAAAGAA